GGGGUGCAGAGCAGGUCAAGUCCCCGGGUGUGGGGAGGUGACAGGCGGAUUGAGGGGACGGUGGUGUUGGGUCCUGGGGACCCUCCGAGACCACCCGCCUGGGUGCAGGCUGGCCAAACCCCCCUCGCUGGCAGCGCCGCCUGAGCCCGAGGCCGUGGCAGCGCGGCUCUGCCAGCUGGUGCUGUGCACCCUCGGUGCACACGUGGCACGAGCGCGACAGGCCUGAGUGCGGCGGGGGCGGGCAGUGGGCGCAGUGGGGGGUGCAGGGCCAGCGCAGCCCCCACACCCCAGCUCUCGAGGGGUGGCCGCUGCCCCGCGUGUGGAGCAGGAACUUCUCCUUUGGGGCGGGCGGCGGAUGAUGAAACCACGGAGAAAUCUCUCCUGGCAGCACGCGGGCUGCUGGCGGGAGCCCCCGGGAGCCCGCGCUCCCCCUGCGCCGGCCGCCACUGCCUUUCCAUGGUAACCCCACCGCGGGAGCCGGCGGGGUGCUGGCAGGGGAGGCCACGCUGUCUGGGGGGGUUGGCGCCCGCCCGGCUCCCCGCGGCAGCACUGGCGUCCCCGACAUGCCCCGGGAGCUGCGUGUCCACACCCCAGCGAGCCCUGGGGCGUCUGGAGGGACCCGCAGAGGGGCUGGGCUGAGACCCGUCAAACUCGCUUCGUGCCAGGGAGGUGACGCUUGGGUGGCCGUGCAGGCAGCGGGGGAGGUGGCCGCGGCUGGUGCCGUGGCCGGUGACCUUCAUUCAGUGUGCCCGGUGCCCGGCCGUGCUCCGUGUCUGGGGAUGGGUGGCCGGUUCACACGCACACCGGUGCGGUGGGAGCUGCGGGGCCCGGACGCCCGGGGCCCCCGGAGCUGACGGUGUGACUCGGCGGGACUGUGGGCGGGCGGGGGGACCGAGCCAUGGCGAGGGAAAAUGAAAGCAGGUGAUGCGGAAGGAGAAGUAGGUCAGGCGAGCGCUGGCCUCUCCCGGCAGCCUCGGCUGCACUGCGUGCUCCGCUCUGCCCUGGCUGUCCCCGCCGUGUCUCUGGGCCCCAUGGGCAGCGGCUGGAGGGGGCGGUGAGGAGGACGAUGGCCAGCCCGGAGGACGACCUCAUCGGCAUCCCCUUCCCCGAGCACAGCAGCGAGCUGCUGAGCUGCCUGAACGAGCAGCGGCAGCUCGGGCUCCUCUGCGACGUCACCAUCAAGACGCAGGGGCUGGAGUACCGCACCCACCGCGCCGUCCUGGCCGCUUCCAGCCGGUACUUCAAGAAGCUUUUUGCCGGGCCGGGGCCGGGGCAGGAGGUCUGCGAGCUGGACUUUGUGGGGCCGGAGGCAUUGGGCGCGCUGCUGGAGUUCGCCUACACGGCCACACUCACCAUCAGCAGCGCCAACAUGGGCGAGGUGCUGCGUGCCGCCCGGCUGCUGGAGAUCCCCUGCGUGAUCGCCGCCUGCGUGGAGAUCCUGCAAGGCAGCGGGCUGGAGGCGCCCGGCCCCGACGACGGCGACUGCGAGCGCGCCCGCCGCUACCUGGAGGCUUUCGCCGCCCUCCCCGAGGGCGAAGCGCCCGCCCCGCCGCCCCCCCGCCCCGCCGCCCGCCGCAGCAAGAAGACCCGCAAGUUCCUGCAAGCCCGCGGUGCCCGGCUCAACAACCACGCCGAGGAGCCGCCUGCCGAACCCGAGGGCUGCGGCAGCCCCCCGCCACCCCCCCAGCCGCCCUCGCCCCCGCUGCCCGAGGGGCUGCCCCUGCCCUACGACAGCUUCGAGCUGCCUGAGGAGGAGGAGCUGCCCCCGCACUCCUUCCCCUUCCCCUACCAGCCCCCCCUGUCCCCAGAAGAGGCCGCCUCCGACGAGGAUGCCAUCGACCCCGACCUGAUGGCGUACCUGAGCUCGCUGCACCACGAGUCGCUGGCGCCCGGGCUGGAUACGCCCGACAAGCUGGUGCGCAAGCGCCGCUCGCAGAUGCCCCAGGAGUGCCCCGUCUGCCACAAGGUCAUCCACGGCGCCGGCAAGCUGCCCCGCCACAUGCGCACGCACACGGGCGAGAAACCCUUCGCCUGCCAGGUCUGCGGGGUCCGCUUCACACGGAACGACAAGCUGAAGAUCCACAUGCGCAAGCACACGGGCGAGCGGCCUUACUCCUGCCAGCACUGCAGCGCCCGGUUCCUGCACAGCUACGACCUGAAGAACCACAUGCACCUGCACACGGGCGCCCGGCCCUACGAGUGCUACCUCUGCCACAAGGCCUUCGCCAAGGACGACCACCUCCAGCGGCACCUCAAGGGCCAGAACUGCCUGGAGGUGCGGACCCGCCGCCGUCGCCGCGACGAGCCGCCCCCACCGCCCGCCGGUCCCCCCGGCCUCGACCUCUCCAACGGGCGGCUGGAGGGGCUGCGCCUUUCCAUCGCCCGGUACUGGGGGCCGGGACAGCCCGAGGAGGAGGAAGAGGAGCAGGAGGGCGAGGAAGGGCCGCAGCCGGAUGACACCGUGCCGGUGGAGACGGCGUAGGGCCACCACGACGGCGGGUGCCGUGCCGAGCCGGGCCGUGCCCACCGGGGUUUCUGUUCCCGUUUUUCCUGUCACGGUUCGUUCCCAGUUAUGCAAAGGGGGAAACCCCCCUGGCCGAUUUGCACAAUGGGGUGGGGGGGGUCCCCGCCACCCCCCGCCGUGCCCGGGCGGCGAAACCCCAGCGGGGGAUAUUGGGACGCGGGGCGGGGGGGUGCGUAGGGGGAGCGUGUGUGUGUGUGUGCCCUAAACCCCGCCGUGGAUGUGUGUUUCCCACCCCCCAGUGGGGCCGGGACCAGGCGGAGGCUCCCACAAACCGACCCCCCCCCACUACCCCCCAUCUCCCGCCAACCAGAGAGAGCACGGGGCCCCGCGCUCUCCCCGGUUGGGGGGGGGGGGGGGGGGGCGGCCCAGCCCCGCCCCCCCCCGCGCUGUACAUAGCUUGUCCUUCCCCCUCCCCGUCCCGAGCAGCCCCUCCCCGGCGAGCCCCCCUCGCCCCUGCACUCCCGGCUGCUUUCUCUUGGUUGCACUAUUCGGGUGAGCCCAACCGGGUGCGGGGCAGCCCCGGCCCCCACCCGACCCCCCCCCCGACCCCCAACCCCACCCCGGCCCUGUGGGACCCCCCCCCCUUCCCCGGGGUGGCCGGGCCCCAGCGGUCACCCCUCUGCCCUUUGCACAUGCCCCCCCCAGGGCGCAGCCCCCCCCCCCCGGGGGAGCAGGGGACCGGCACUAUUUGCCUAAAAUAAGAGUUUAUCUAUAUUUAAAAAGAUGAUGUAAUAUAUUCCCCCCCCCCCGGCCCCUCCGCUGCUGCCCGCCAGCGCUGCCUGGCCCCCGCGCGUCUGUCCCUUGCCAUGGGGUGCCGGGAGGGGUGAUGGGGACGAGGGGCUUGGCUCCCGUCAUGGCUUUAAAGUGCCUUAUGGUGAACUUGAAAUUUUCGGCUACUUGAACCUCUCUGGUGUCAGGAACCAAACAAAUAAUCGGCGGGCGGCCACCCCCCGCCCCGCCGGGUCGCCUCUGUCUGUCUGUCUGUCUGUUUGUGUUUGUUUUUUUUAAACGAAGGCUGCUUGGUAAUAAACGGAGAAGCAGGGACCCCC